CGUGAACACACCAUCUGCUGGCGACCAGAAAUGCAAGCCGGUCAGGUCAACAACCUUCCUUUUCUAUCCAAAAUUUGCUGUAGUGCAGCGACGCAUCAUUGCGAAGAGUGGCAUCGACUUGCACACGGUCGCGGGGCUAUUCCCUUCUUCAAUUUCGUAAUUGAAUCAGGUCACAAAUUGGACCAACUAACAAUUCCAACUGUCCUUAGUCUCUCUUACGCAGUCUCCGACACAAGUCAUCUUCAUUCACUUACACCUGCACUCCUGGACGGUUUAAGCCGAGGGCAGGCUACCGUAGGCUGGCCGUACAUGAACUAG